AGAGCAGCUAAAGCAUUCUUCUGGGACUUAGAAAAGGUACAAGGUGUAAAACGGUGUCGGGAAGAACUGGUGAUCAAGUAAGAUAAUCUACAAUAGGAGAAGGAAAAAUGUCCAGUGAGGAAGAAUCACCUGUUGCCCAGUCUGCCCUGUCAGUGCAAAGAGGAGCGGGGGUGCCAUCUACAUGUGGGCAGAGUGUACUGCAGGACGCUAUGAGCCUGACUCCACUGGACUCAACAGAAGACAGGGUCCAGCCAUUCCCUCGAUCGCCACAGCUGCAGAGGAGGUCAGCCAAAGCAGCACCACCCACUCAGGAGCAGCUGUCACAGAGGGUGGAGGAGCUACAGGCCCAGAAGACCAAGACUGAAGCUCGCAUCCAAUCGCUUAAAAAACGCAGGGCAGACCUUGCAACGAGAACUGAUGUGAUGAAGCAGCAGAUUCAUGCCCAGUUUGAGGCCAUGCGAGCAGUGCUAAAGCAGGAUGAACAAGCUGUUAUAGAGACUCUGGACAUAGACAUGAAGAGGACUCGGGAAAUGCUAGGCCAAGUCCUCAAGACCUGGAAUCAACAUCUGCACCAGCUGUCAAGAACAAUAAGCAUCACGCAGCAAGCAGUCAAAGACACCCGGACGGCAGCUCCCGGUGGACAAAUGGAGGACAAGAACGAGAUCAUCAAUUUACAGAAGUCUGACGGAGCGGAAGAGAACAUUCGAUUGGACGAGGAGCGUUUUGAGAAGCUGGUUCAAAUGCUCUCGUCAGUCUGCAAAGAGCUGAGGGCUCAACUGCAGAGGAAGAACCUGCUGCUGGACCUGCUGCCUGCAGUGGUCGACCCUCAGACAUGCCACCCACAACUCAAUGCCACCUCAGAUGGCAAAGGCCUGUUCUAUAGAGCAGCCUGUUCAUCCCCGGAGCACCCCCUUAAGUUUGAUCAAGUGUGCUGCGGUCUUGGCUCUGCCCCUCUUUGCUCUGGUCAGGGAUACUGGGAGGUAGACGUGCGCUGCUGUUCCAGUUGGGCAGUGGGCGUGGCUUAUGAGAGACUGGAGAGGAAGGGGCGGGACAAAGGAUCCAAACUUGGUCGUAAUAGAAACUCGUGGUGCGUGGAGUACAGGAACGAAAAGUUGUUGGCCUGGCACAAUGACAGAAACAUGGUAUGUCAUUGGGUGGGCGUGGGGCGGUCGCGACUGAGUAGGGUGGGCAUGUGGGUGCAGUUCGAUAAGGGUCAGCUGGUGUUCUUCGACGCAGAAACCAUGAGCGUGCUGCAUAGCUUCUCCGCUGUCAUGACGACAGUGUUUGACCGGGCUCACCAUCAGUUCACCGAGCCCCUGUACCCAGCGGUGCGCUUCAUCAAACCGGAUGCCCAAGAAUGGCCCAACCACAUGGAGUUCUGCCACAGAACACUCCCUUUAUAGCUCACUUGCUUCACAUCUUACUCAUAUUCAAGAUAGAAGACAUAUUAUAUACUUUUUUAGGGAAUUCAGUAAGAGACUUUCGGAUAUGUAAAUGUCAUUUUACAUUUAGUUGAUUCAUUGACUUAAUAAAAAGGAAAGGCUGUGUUCUAAACUGCAGAAUUCAAUCUCUGCAACUGGCCUCACCUCUUCAUACUGGCAUUUCACCAUAACGCACAGCCAAUUUUCAUUUAUGGUGCUUUGAUUAAGUAUCGUAUGGGGUAAGUAAAAAGCAAUCCUUGAGCGGAGAUAUGGGGUAGGUGCAAACACAUCUUUUACAAGCCAUCAAGCCUCAAAUGGCUCACUAUGGCUCACUAAAACAUGCAUAAAUCACUCAAAUUGCAACUUGGAUAUACUAGUGGUAUUAAAACCUAUUAUAACAUCAUAAAAUUUCAUUUUGCAUAAUACAUCAUUAAGGAUUCGCAGAGCAUUGCCUGUUACUGUUUAACCCUUUAAGGACUGAGUUUACUAUGGGCCAGUAUAGGUCACCUAUAUUUUUGUUAGCCAUAAAAAUCAUAUUAAAGGAAGUAUCAGAAUUUACUGCAUUUUUUCACACAUCUACUUCUAUUUUUCACUUUCAUCUGUAUUUUUUCUUUUACGCAUCGAGUAAAUGACCGCAGCACCCGCGCUCUCAUUCGUCACCUUCGCGGAGCAACAGAGGCAGAUUACCGUAACUCACAGAAAAAUAUUUAAAUAGCCCCGUGCCUCCGCUUUGAGACGCUGUUUGACUUUACAUGAGAGCACGACUGGUUGCGGAGUUACGCUGCUGAAAAGUCCGCAUCUGCGCGGACACAAGGUUCCCUCCUUCUUGAUUUAAAAAAUGUCCAAAUUGCAUUUUCACUACUGUCGUGCACUUUUUCAAAUAAAUACUGUCACACUAGCAAAAUACAAUUUCAUUCUGGCCUAUAAUUAAAAGACGUGGAGGGGCAUUUUUGACAUGCUACUCACCUGAAGUCAAUGUCCAGCAGCAGACUUUGCAUGGGCGUGUCUUUCUUCUCCAGGUUUCUUAACUUAAUCAGCUCAUGCAGUCUGCAGAGAGCAAAGA